AUGCACGAGAUCAAGAUAUUUGUUAUUAGCACUCCAUUCCAAGCAGUAAAUUCUGUUCAAAUUUAUUCAUCCAUCUUCCAAACAAUAAUUCAGCUACUAAAGAAGAAGACAAUCGUUAAUGGACUUAAUCUGAUUGAAAGAAAUGGAUAUGAAUACUUAUUAUACAACAUAUUUAAUGAUAAACUCGACUUUUCACAUCGACUUACAUUUCGAAUGAUUUCCGCAGGUGCUGCAUCAAUGACCACAUCAGCAUUAAUGCUUGAAAGAAAAAACAUCUCUAACUUUGUUAUUAUUCCCACAUUUCAAGCAAGUUAUUACGGAAUUCUAUUCAUGAUACAAAACCCAAAGGAGUCAAAGAAGUUUUUGAACGACAAUUUUCCAAAAACAGUAAAAUACAUAGAACAAAAUCCUAUUACUGGGUCAAUAUGUCGAAUUAUUAACAAAGUUCACACUUUUUUCAACCAAUCCCCACAAAAUCGUCGUAAUCAAGCAGAUACUAUUGAUUUUAUUAAUGAUAUUAAUCAAGAUGUCAAUCAAUUAAGAGCAGGAAUCAAAAACGCUCUUAAAUAA